AUGUCCGCCAAAUACUACAUUCCUUUGUUUAUGACCGUCUUAUUCACCAGCACCGCGUGUGUGCCUGGCAUGGCUAACGAGGCAGGUCCAAUCUUUGAAGAAUCAAAUGCUGAGGUAGCCACACCCCCUGCUGAUGCCGUACAUGAUGAUUUCUUCUUCGACUACAAGAACGCUACGGGUUACGCCGAUGAUUGUAACAUCACAGGUGACUGCAAUGAAACUGAUGAUUGUAACAUCACAGGUGACUGCAAUGAAACCGAUGAUUGCAACAUCACAGGUGACUGCAAUGAAACCGAUGAUUGCAACAUCACAGGUGACUGCAAUGAAACCGAUGAUUGCGACAUCACAGGUGACUGCAAUGAAACCGAUGAUUGUAACAUCACAGGUGACUGCAAUGAAACCGAUGAUUGCGACAUCACAGGUGACUGCAAUGAAACUGAUGAUUGCAACAUCACAGGUGACUGCAAUGAAACCGAUGAUUGCGACAUCACAGGUGACUGCAAUGAAACUGAUGAUUGCAACAUCACAGGUGACUGCAAUGAAACCGAUGAUUGCGACAUCACAGGUGACUGCAAUGAAACUGAUGAUUGCAACAUCACAGGUGACUGCAAUGAAACCGAUGAUUGCGACAUCACAGGUGACUGCAAUGAAACCGAUGAUUGUAACAUCACAGGUGACUGCAAUGAAACCGAUGAUUGCGACAUCACAGGUGACUGCAAUGAAACCGAUGAUUGCGACAUCACAGGUGACUGCAAUGAAACUGAUGAUUGCAACAUCACAGGUGACUGCAAUGAAACCGAUGAUUGCGACAUCACAGGUGACUGCAAUGAAACUGAUGAUUGCGACAUCACAGGUGACUGCAAUGAAACUGAUGAUUGCAACAUCACAGGUGACUGCAAUGAAACUGAUGAUUGCAACAUCACAGGUGACUGCAAUGAAACUGAUGAUUGCGACAUCACAGGUGACUGCAAUGAAACCGAUGAUUGCAACAUCACAGGUGACUGCAAUGAAACCGAUGAUUGCGACAUCACAGGUGACUGCAAUGAAACUGAUGAUUGCAACAUCACAGGUGACUGCAAUGAAACCGAUGAUUGCAACAUCACAGGUGACUGCAAUGAAACCGAUGAUUGCGACAUCACAGGUGACUGCAAUGAAACUGAUGAUUGCAACAUCACAGGUGACUGCAAUGAAACUGAUGAUUGCAACAUCACAGGUGACUGCAAUGAAACCGAUGAUUGCAACAUCACAGGUGACUGCAAUGAAACCGAUGAUUGCAACAUCACAGGUGACUGCAAUGAAACCGAUGAUUGCGACAUCACAGGUGACUGCAAUGAAACCGAUGAUUGCGACAUCACAGGUGACUGCAAUGAAACCGAUGAUUGUAACAUCACAGGUGACUGCAAUGAAACCGAUGAUUGCGACAUCACAGGUGACUGCAAUGAAACUGAUGAUUGCAACAUCACAGGUGACUGCAAUGAAACCGAUGAUUGCAACAUCACAGGUGACUGCAAUGAAACCGAUGAUUGCGACAUCACAGGUGACUGCAAUGAAACUGAUGAUUGCAACAUCACAGGUGACUGCAAUGAAACCGAUGAUUGCGACAUCACAGGUGACUGCAAUGAAACUGAUGAUUGCGACAUCACAGGUGACUGCAAUGAAACUGAUGAUUGCAACAUCACAGGUGACUGCAAUGAAACCGAUGAUUGCAACAUCACAGGUGACUGCAAUGAAACCGAUGAUUGCAACAUCACAGGUGACUGCAAUGAAACUGAUGAUUGCAACAUCACAGGUGACUGCAAUGAAACUGAUGAUUGCAACAUCACAGGUGACUGCAAUGAAACUGAUGAUUGCAACAUCACAGGUGACUGCAAUGAAACUGAUGAUUGCAACAUCACAGGUGACUGCAAUGAAACUGAUGAUUGCAACAUCACAGGUGACUGCAAUGAAACCGAUGAUUGCAACAUCACAGGUGACUGCAAUGAAACCGAUGAUUGCAACAUCACAGGUGACUGCAAUGAAACCGAUGAUUGUAACAUCACAGGUGACUGCAAUGAAACCGAUGAUUGCAACAUCACAGGUGACUGCAAUGAAACCGAUGAUUGCAACAUCACAGGUGACUGCAAUGAAACUGAUGAUUGCGACAUCACAGGUGACUGCAAUGAAACCGAUGAUUGCGACAUCACAGGUGACUGCAAUGAAACCGAUGAUUGCAACAUCACAGGUGACUGCAAUGAAACCGAUGAUUGCGACAUCACAGGUGACUGCAAUGAAACCGAUGAUUGUAACAUCACAGGUGACUGCAAUGAAACCGAUGAUUGCAACAUCACAGGUGACUGCAAUGAAACCGAUGAUUGCAACAUCACAGGUGACUGCAAUGAAACUGAUGAUUGCGACAUCACAGGUGACUGCAAUGAAACCGAUGAUUGCGACAUCACAGGUGACUGCAAUGAAACCGAUGAUUGUAACAUCACAGGUGACUGCAAUGAAACCGAUGAUUGCGACAUCACAGGUGACUGCAAUGAAACCGAUGAUUGCAACAUCACAGGUGACUGCAAUGAAACCGAUGAUUGCGACAUCACAGGUGACUGCAAUGAAACCGAUGAUUGCAACAUCACAGGUGACUGCAAUGAAACCGAUGAUUGCAACAUCACAGGUGACUGCAAUGAAACCGAUGAUUGCAACAUCACAGGUGACUGCAAUGAAACCGAUGAUUGCAACAUCACAGGUGACUGCAAUGAAACCGAUGAUUGUAACAUCACAGGUGACUGCAAUGAAACCGAUGAUUGCGACAUCACAGGUGACUGCAAUGAAACCGAUGAUUGUAACAUCACAGGUGACUGCAAUGAAACCGAUGAUUGCAACAUCACAGGUGACUGCAAUGAAACCGAUGAUUGCGACAUCACAGGUGACUGCAAUGAAACCGAUGAUUGUAACAUCACAGGUGACUGCAAUGAAACCGAUGAUUGCAACAUCACAGGUGACUGCAAUGAAACCGAUGAUUGCGACAUCACAGGUGACUGCAAUGAAACUGAUGAUUGCAACAUCACAGGUGACUGCAAUGAAACUGAUGAUUGCGACAUCACAGGUGACUGCAAUGAUACGGAGGUAAGCGAUGCAGCGGACGGGACUGACGGAAUGUUCUUGAAAUCUUCGUGUUCGUUAAAGCUUGUUGCAUUCUGUGAUGGAUGCUCUACUGAGGAUUCCCCCAAGUUCUCGAAUGCAAAGGGGAAAGGAUCGAGCGUCAGUGCGGGAUUGCUGCUUUUGGUUGGUUCCACGUUUUUGUUACUGGCGGUGGGGCUGUCGGCAGUUUUAUUUUUGGGAAGGGAACGCCAGAACGCGGUUGUCAUAUGCGACAACGAGGUUAUGAUGGAGGAGGUGCCACGAUGCUUAUCUGAUGCAUCUUUUGCCGUACCCGUAACUCAAUCCUCAGAUGAAGCGAAACCGUAA